AUGUCACAGUCAUACAGAUUGGAGUGUGGCGUGAGGCAAGGGGGGUUGUCGUCGCCGAUACUUUUCAAUCUGUAUAUUAAUGAACUGAUAGUUGCAUUGGGUAGCACUCAUGUCGGCUGUCAUAUAGACGUUGUAAAUGUAAAUAAUAUAAGUUAUGCGGACGACAUGGUGCUUCUGAGUGCGUCAGUAUGUGGACUUAGAAGACUCAUGGCUAUCUGUGAGUCAUAUGCGCGUCGGCACGGUCUGGUUUAUAAUGCAAUAAAAAGUAAAGUCGUGGUCUUCGAGGCCAGAGGCAAUAAUACAGAUGUUUUUCCCGAAGUCAAACUCAAUGGCAUAGCGCUGGAAAGGGUGUAUAAAUUUAAAUACUUGGGACAUCUGUUGAACUCUGACCUUAGAGAUGACGAUGAUAUUGAACGAGAAAGGAGAGCGCUGGCGGUGAGGGCGAAUAUGAUAGCGCACAGAUUUGCGCGGUGCUCUAGGGAUGUCAAGAUCACUCUGUUUAGAUCAUUUUGUACAUCCUUUUACACUUGCAAUCUGUGGGCUGCAUACACCCGAAAGUCCUACAGCGGGCUUCGCGUUCAGUAUAACAACGCAUUCAGGGUGUUGAUGGGGCUGUCGCGAUGCUGCAGUGCAUCAGGGAUGUUCGCGGAGUACCGUGUGGAUUGUUUUUAUGCUACAAUGCGGAAAAGAUGCGCAUCCCUGGUGCGGAGGGUACGUGCCAGUACCAACAGCAUCCUGAGCAUGAUUGCGGGGAGGCUGGACUGUGCAUAUAUUAAUCACUGCUGUACUAUUUCUAAUGGAAUGGUACAGCGGUGA